AUGGCGCUAGACGCAUCAAUUCGAGGUUGGGGACAUUGUAGGCCAGUUAUUGUAGUUGAUGGCACAUACUUAAAUGGACACUAUGGUGGGACAUUAUUUACUGCAUGUACACAGGAUGCAAAUAAUAGCAUAUACAUACUUACUUUCGGGAUUGGGGAUAAUGAGAAUGAUACCUCGUGGACAUGGUUCUUCGAAAACUUGAGGAUAGCGUAUGGCUAUAGAGAAGGGUUGUGCUUCGUAUUAGAUCGCCAUAAUAGCAUCAAAAAUGCUAUUGAGAAGGUGUAUCCAGAAACAUAUCAUGAAAUUUGUUCGUAUCAUCUCCUUCAAAAUCUAAAGUCACGUUAUGGAAAAUCGGGUAACAAUAUAAUGCAAACAUUUAAUUCAACUAUUCGUGCCUGCACGUUGUUAGAAUACGAAUAUAUGCAACAGCUCGAUGCGAUUGAUGGAAAGAUAAGGGGUUACCUAGAUGGUGUUGGACCUGCUAAAUGCUCACAAUUCCACAUGCCAACGAAUCGAUAUUCUACAAUGACAUCGAAUAUAGUAGAGUCGGUUAAUGCGGCCACAAAAUCUGCUAAGAACUAUCCCAUCGUAGCUUUGUUGGAGUCAUUGCGACAAACCAUACAAUCGUGGUUUUGUAGACAUCGGGAAACCGCGCAAGCCACUUUCACAACCUUGUCAAGGAAGUAUGAGAAGCAAAUGAGGGAAAUGAGCACGAAUAUGAGAAACUUGAGGGUUGCGCAUAUUAAUCAGGCAAUGUUCUCAGCCGGCUGUGAAAAUUUAACUUUUGUUGUUGAUAUAGAAGGACAUACAUGCACGUGUAGGAUGCUUCAAGUUGAUCAACUACCAUGUCCACACACUUUGGCUGUGAUCGCAAGAAAUCCCAGUGAAUGGAUAGUGCCCAAAGACUUCGAGAACAUAGUUGUGUUACCACCUAAUCAAAAGCGAAGUUGUGGAAGGCCUACUGAGAAGAGGUUUAGAUCUGCAGUUGAAGAUAACAUAACUGUCAAAUGCGGUCGUUGCGGUGAAAGUGGUCACAAUCGCAGAACUUGUAGCAGUUUGGCAAACAUGAUAGGUGGGGAUUGGGUAUAUCCUGAAAGAACCUGUGACGUGUGUUGUGACCAUUAUAGUGCGACCUGUCAUCGGGAGGGUUGUAACAUUCACUUCAUUACAAACGAGUGUGGGGUGUCACAGUUGCUUGUGACCUAUGCAAUGAACUAUGGUUCGGUCACUUUUUAUGUGACAUGUGACUCGUACUGUGACCCGUUGGCAAGAGACUGUGCAUAA